CGAAAACGUCAAAGGAGGCAAGCUUUAAAAUAAUAACAGCACGUGCGUUUGUUUAAUUUUAUUUCUCAAUAUUUUAAAAGCGAACUUAAAUUUCCUGCAAGAUUUGUUUGUUUCAUUUACGUUUUCAAUCAAAAUGCCGAAAAAUAUAAUGAAAGAUCUGGUCAAAUGCAAGCAUCCUCAGAGUCGCAAAACGUUGGCGUUGGCCAGAAAGAUUAAAAAAAUUAACAAUCGUGAGAAAAAGAAGAUGGGUCACGCCGUUAAAGCUAACGUUGUGGGCAAAAAAUUGGGAUGGUUCGCCGAACAAUUGGAGGACAGAACGGAACCACUUUCGGGUCAGGAGUUUGAAACCCUGAUAGAUAAAUAUUUGGCGCGUUUCAACGAGGAGUUAGAGCAGAUUAAGCUAGUUCAAUCGAUCAACAAACAGCGGAACAACCAGCAUGCCUCGCGGGAAUCCUCGAUUAGGAUGACACUGGAAAAAGAGGUGCACGAUUUCAACGGCGGAGGUUUGGAGCUGCCAGAUUUGUGUGAUAAGCAAGAGUUUCAAAAAUUCCAACAGUGGGAUGGCUCUUCACAGUCAAUCCAGCAUCUGAAGAUGCACUUUAUUUCAAGGAAACGAUUGCAAUUACUUAACAAAGAUUCACAGGUAACGAUGGCGGUUGAUUAAAGCUACUGAAGGAAA